UGGUUGACAGCCAUUGACAGCCAAAUCACCGUUUUGUUGGUGAAAAGUUCCAAGUGGAUAUUAGUGUGUACAAGUGGGAAAGAGGAGAGUGACUUUUCGCGAAGGUGAAUUCGCUGUUUUUUUUUGCAGAGGCUCUGUGCAUUUUCCCGUAGCGAUGAUGGAGAACUUCUUAAUGUGGAAAGUGCGCGAAAUCGCCGAUAAAGUGACAAAUGUUGUAAUGAACUACACAGAGAUUGAGGCAAAAGUCAGGGAGGCAACUAAUGAUGAGGCCUGGGGGCCAACAGGGCAGAUAAUGCAGGAGCUGGCACAUUCCACAUUCACCUAUGAGCAUUUCCCUGAAGUGAUGUCCAUGUUAUGGAAGAGGAUGUUGCAAGACAAUAAGCAGCAUUGGCGCCGCACAUACAAAUCCCUUUUAGUAUUGAAUUAUUUAAUUAGAAACGGUUCAGAGCGUGUCGUCACUUCGGCGAGGGAGCACAUCUACGAUUUACGCACUUUAGAGAAUUACACGUUCACUGAUGAGCACGAUAAAGAUCAGGGCGUGAAUAUUAGGCACAAAGUUAAGGAAUUAAUUGAUUUCAUACAAGACGAUGAUAAAUUAAGGGAGGAACGGAAAAAGGCGAAAAAGAAUAAGGACAAGUAUAUUGGUAUGAGCUGGGACAUGAUGGGUGGAUCGCGAUCUGGCGGGUCCGAUCGGUGGAUGGAUGAUAACUAUUACAAUAGGAGCAAUAGCGACUAUGGCAACAACGAGGCUGAUGUGGGUGGUAACAAUCGGUACAGGGAUAGAUCUUUCGAGGAGGAUUACGACGUGGAGAAGGAGGAAAGCGACUCCGAGUCCAAUCAUAAUAAUGCUCGUCGGUAUAAGGAUACCGAGCAAGUUGGCAGUCCUAAGCACGCGGAUCGCAGGGUCAAUUUGAACCUGAAUUCGUCUAUAACGAAAUCGCCGGCUAAGGCAGUGAAAACAAUAAAGAAGGUUGAUCUUGGAGCGGCGGCGAACUUUGGGAAGGAUGAUAUGGUCGCAGCUAUUGGUAACAACGAGACCAGUGCGGAUCUCCUGAACGAUGACUUUAAUCCGCGCGCGAUGGAUGGUGGGGGCGUUACCAAGGAGGAGAAAUUUGGGGACUUCGAGUCGGCUUUCGGGGCAGGCAGCUCCCUGGAGGAGACGCCCGUGAAAAGCGACGAUGACUUUGCAGACUUCAGUUCGGCCUUUACCAGCCCGACGACCCCGCAGUCUCAUCAGCCUAAUUUGUUCGAGACAGUUGUAGCACCUACACCAGUUGCUGUACCAUCGCAACCAAAUAAUGAUCUGUUGUUGGGCGACUUAGGUUUCGACAGUCUCAACAUAAACAACACUACCACCAAUAACCUCAUGACGCAAACGAACGGCAACCAGAACGAUCUCCUGGACGAUUUCUCAACAGAAAGUGGUGAAGAUGUGCUGGCUCUGUUGAGCCGACCCGUAGUAACCGUUGAAGAUUCUCAAUUCCUUGGGUCAAAGUUCGUGGAAGCCCUAGAGCAUCUACCUGGUCCACUAACGCUGGCCAGAAUAAAGAAAAAGUCGAGAAGGAGCGCUUUCCUGGACCAAUGCUACGGGUCAAUCGUGCAGUCCUUCGUUACGAACUUCAGAUGUCACGAGGAUGCGGCCACCUACGAUCUGUUUCGCAGGUUCUGCUUUAUCGAGAAUAGGCAUUACGCCGUCGAAGCGCUGACCGUUUUAUUGGACACCCUAUCGCAGAAAAUGGAUGGAAUCGAUAUCAGGGAAAACUUGAUCACUGGAGUCGUGGUUAACGAGGGCCUCUUCGAUGCUCUCAUCUACUAUCUGAGCGACGAUCUGAACCAAUUGGAAUUCGAGCAUUUCCUGCAAAUGAUCAUAUCAUUACCCUCCCGUCUGGCGAACGCAUUCAGCGGUAACGUCAACGACUUUUUCAUUCCGAAGAACUAUUCCAAAUUCCUGCUAUACACUAUAUUUAAAGUCGUGGAGUUCGGUGUACAUUUAUCGUUGGAUUUGAAUGGCGAACGAUUGGGUCAAUUCGUCAGUAAAUUUCUACUGGUCUACUGCUGCAAUUGUGAAAGCGACUUAAACAACUUCGUGUUGCUCUUGUACGUUUGGAGAGAUCAAAGAUAUAGAAGUUUAACAAUAGGAAUGUUGAAUAAUCUGAGCGCUAAAGCCGUUGAGAUUUUGGCGCCGAAGCUGCUGAAACACACGCCGCCCAAUGAUCUGCUUAACGUCAUGGAUAAAAGUCUUCUAGAUAAUAAGAAUUGGAAGCAUAUCUUAACUGUGAAGCUACCGCUGUUGAGUUACUUCGAAUGCAGCAAGUCGUACGCUCUGCCUAGUAAUUUAGUGAUGUUCUUGCACAAAUCGCAACCGGAUUUGUUGUUUGAAUUAAUCCUGAAUCUGCUCGAUGCUUGGUCGAAUAAAUUGGCUAUUGAAAAAACAAGUGUUGAACAGCACUUCUACAUCACCAAACUUAUAAUUGUAAGUGUGGCGGCAAUGAUCCCAGACUUCGAGAAGAGCGCUGAAAAGAGAAAAAGAAUAAAAGAUAAAGUGCUGCUGGGAAUGCCCAAUCAUUUGCAAUGCGCCGUAGAAGAAAUCCGAUGCAUGGGAAUGGUAACCGGAGAGACGGUGUUAAAUUUCUUGCAAGAGAAAUCGCUGGAAUCAAUCAAAUUGCUGUUCGAUUAUAAAAAGGAAACGGAGCGCGUUUUGAAAGCGGAACUCUCUAAGAGCUUUUAUCCGGAUAUUCUGCGAUCCGGAGACGAGAAGGAUUUUAACGGCGUUUCAAGUGAAAUCCAUUCGGAUCAAGAUUUUAUCGUCAUGUUCGAAAGCUUCGCCGAUCACAAAUUUGUGCCGCUCAAACGUGACAAUUAUAUGCCGGUUGUUAUAGAAAGACGCGUGGUGGAGAAGUCCGUAACAUCGCAAACAACGAUAAAUUCGUUGCGUUUGAAUGAAACCAACGAAGAUCUGGACUCGGACGAUGAUUUGGUGCCGUACGAUACGAGCAACGAUGUCACUGUUAACAAGAAACAACCUCCCGUUUAUUUAUCCGAAAUUCGUGAUGGUUUAUUGGAAGCCACCGAUCCUGAUGUCUUCACGAUGAGCUUGGAGAACUGUGAGAAAGUUAUCAAAGCUCACAUGACCAAAUCGAAUUACCGUUUGGGCAUAGAGCUUAUGGAUGUUCUCAUCUCGUUAACGCCGAAGUUUUACGUGGACAAUUUCGAUGAGCUCGUGCUCAAUGCGUGCGUGGCUUUAGUAUUAGCCGAUCCAAAUCGCUACGCGCAAUAUCUCGGACAGGAAUUCCAUUCAUUCGCUAAAGGAAUUUACAGUAUAAGCCACAGGAUUUUAAUUCUGAUGAUCUUGCAGACAGCUGUCUUAGAACUGGCUAAAGGAGAAGUUUGCAACAGUGAUGAUGUUGCUUUGAAGAAGUUGCCGCUGGAUGAAAGAUUGAAGAGUAAGACGCGGUAUUUCAUGAAGGCCCGUCGAAAGGUAGAGACGAAGCUGUUGUUCGAAGACUGUAUGCACAGUUUCUUUUACCCGCUCAUCAACGGUUACAAAAGUAAAAUGGACGCUUUGCUUCUGAUCAACUACCUACACACGCUUUCCGUUAUCGGAGUGGCUGGAAAGAAUUGCACUAAGGGGAAGGACUUUGCCACCGAGGCAAUGCGAAUUGUCAUGAUGGAUUGGGAGCACGAGGACGCGAAGGUCCGUCUAGCAGUGACAGAGUUGCUUUUCGUAAUAGUCGGUAACUACUUCAGGCACGUGGAGUAUAUGAGGGACCUUAUCGAGAAUCUUUUGAAUGAAAGGUUUCGCAAGGAACCGAAUACCGAGUGCAGGAUAUUGGCUAAACAGAUCUUUCAGUGCUACGAACGUAGCCGAAGCGAAUUGUUUACAUUUAAGCUUAAUGAGAUGUAAUUUACUUUUAUAUUAAUUAAUAAAAUCCA